AUGGGAAAGUUGGGAAUGCCCUUCCUUACCACUCUGACACUCACGCUUCUCCUGACAACACGAGAGAGCUGUUGUACGAGGCUGCAGAACGCACCUCCGGCUAUGCUAUCAACCGUGGGUCUGUUGGCUUCCUCCCACUCCCAGCCACCUCCCGACCCCUACGACCUUGUACCACCUACUGACGACUCUUGGGGUCUACCCACCAUUGUUGAGGAAAAGGCCAUGGGCACUGCCGGACCCACUGCACUGCUGCCUUCUGAGACUCAGCUGCUGCCGCAGAAGAGGUUCCUCCAACUACUCGUGAGGCGAAAAGGGAUAAAAAAGACAAGGCACAAGACACGAGACUGA